AUGCACGAGCUCAACCUCUAUGGCCAGGUCACUUUUGCCCGCUAUGAGCAGGUCCUGAACAUACUCGCCGGCGUUGCUGCUAUGCAGCCCCAGCGCAUCUACGAGCGGCACAUCAUCUACAAGCCAUUGCGUGAGCCUGAGGAGCCCGGCUCCAACUUGGGCCGCCGUGGAGGCACCCAGACCGUCGCCCAGAAACAGGCAAAGCAGGCUGCCCCCGUCGUUCUGUACCACACCCAGCUGGUCCAGAAGUUGACGGAAGAUGAUUUUGCUCUUCAAGAAAGCACACUGCCAGAGAGCGCCACGUCGCUGUCUGCAGACGUAGAGGAUGGGGACGAGCCCGUGUGGUCGUUUGUCUUCAAGGACAUACCAGAUACUGGCGACAGAGGCGUCUCCAUCCGCUUCACCCACACCACUGACUUGUUAUCUGGCGACCCUCAUGCCUAUAUGCUCGCCUCUGGGCCAAACCAGUUCGUCACCGAGUAUUACGUCCAAGGAUACCGUUUCGUCCACGGCAACGUCAUCAUAUUCCUGCACCGCAUCCUCCACGAGCCCGGCGCUCGCAGCAUCCAAAAGGCCCCCAAAUCCACACUCCCUGCCUGGACUGGGCUCCAUCUCUUAGACCCGAGCGGCGCCUACGUACUCAAUGCCACUGUCCAGAUUGAGGACUUUAACAACGCCGCCGUGCUAGAGGCAGGUGUCAACGAGCUCAAGAGGUUUCAGACACAGAUGAAGGGUUGCGUUAACUUGUUCUUGCCCGAUCGUCUUUCUCAAGACCCUCGCGUCAAGUACAAGCCUCCUCCACCUCCUGCCACCCAAGCACGACCACGUUGA